CUUUAAAGAAAUCACAGGAUACCACUAAACAAUGAUACCCAUUAAAUAUAAAAAUUGAUUAUUUUGAGAAACCGAAAUGAGAAAGUGAAGUUCUAUCACCAAAAAUCUCUCUAAUGGCGUUUUCUAUAAUGGGUGCUGCUUUUCAAACCCCAAUUAUCUGCAACAUCAAAAACAAUUACAAUAACAAUAGUAGUUAUUCACUUGAAGCUAAUCAUAUUCGAAGAGCAGCAGAAAUUGCUGAUAAAUCUGCUGGAUUUACAUCACCACAUCCAAACUUUGGAUGUGUAAUUGCAAAGGGUGUGAAUAUAGUUGGAGAAGGGUUUUUAUACGCACAAGGUACUAAAUGUGCUGAAUUACAAGCAGUUGAAGCAGCUAGAGAAUUAUCUAAUGGUGCUACUGCUUAUCUUAAUAUGGAACCUGGUGAUUGUCAUGGUGAUCAAACUGCUGUUUCUGCCCUAAUUAAGGCAGGAAUCUCAAGAGUUGUUCUGGGAAUCAGACAUCCAUUAAAGCAUCUUCGAGGCAAUGCUAUACGUUCAUUAAGAAGUGAAGGAGUUCAGGUUGAUGUUCUUGGAGAGGACUUGCAGAGUCAAUCAAUUGAGGAAGCUUUGAAAUCAUGUUUCCUGGUGAAUGCUCCUUUACUCUACAGAGCUGCUUCCCGAGUUCCCUUCUCUGUUCUCAAGUAUGCUAUGACCCUUGAUGGAAAAAUUGCAGCUAGUAGUGGACAUGCAUGGUGGAUCAGCAGCAAAGAAUCUAGGCAUCGGGUAUUUGAAAUUCGAGGCAGAUGUGAUGCCAUAAUUGUAGGAGGAAAUACCGUCCGCCGCGAUGAUCCGAAGCUAACAGCAAGACAUGGAGGCGGGCAUACGCCUGUAAGGAUAGUUAUGUCACAAACUCUUAAUCUUCCCGAGGUUGGGAACCUUUGGGAUGUCUCCGAGGUACGCACUAUAGUUGCGACACAGAGGGGUGCAAGAAAGAGUUUCCAGAAAUUACUUGCUUCUAAAGGAGUUGAAGUGGUCGAGUUUGACAUUUUAAACACAAGGAGUGUCAUGGAAUAUUGCUAUGAUCGUGGAUAUCUGUCAGUUUUGUGGGAAUGCGGAGGGACUUUAGCUGCUUCUGCUAUAUCUUCUGGUUGUGUACACAAGGUUUAUGCAUUUGUUGCUCCCAAAAUCAUUGGUGGAAAAAAUGCUCCAACUCCUGUUGGUGAACUUGGAAUGGUUGAGAUGUCACAAGCACUGAACUUGAUCGAUGUUUCCUUUGAGCAGAUUGGUCCGGACAUGCUUGUUACUGGAUUUCUUCAGCCCAUUCCAGACUUGACACCUGUAAUCCCUUCGAUUGACGAAACUUCAGCAAUUGAUCCAAGUUUCACUCCCUACGAAGCAAGCAUCAAAUUCUUCUACAAGACAUGGGACCCUUAUGGAGCUUUCUCAAACUUCUCUGCUCAUCCUUUACAAAUGCCUGAUGGAAAUGGAGGUUAUUUGACAUGGCCAAGUGUUGAGCAUUAUUAUCAGGCACACAAAUUUGCUGGUGUUGAUGAUCUAGUGGCAAAAGAUUGUGUUGAACAAAUAAAAUCUGCAAAGAGCCCCGAAGAAGCUGCACGUAUUGGAAGGGCUCUUCAAAGGAAACAUCCUAAUUUGGUGAGAUCUGAUUGGGACACUGCGAAAAUUGAGGUUAUGUACAGAGCUCUGAAAUGCAAGUUUUCUAUCUACCCUCAUUUGAAUUCGAUGUUACUGUCCACGGAAGGAUCUGUUCUUGUUGAAGCCUCACCGCAUGAUCUUUUUUGGGGUGGAGGACGGGAGGGAGAAGGCCUAAAUUACCUCGGCCGGUUGUUAAUGCAGUUGAGAUCAGAGUUCUUGGGAGAGCCUUCAACAUCAAUUUCACAGUAAAAAUAUUUUAACACACCAGGAUGAUGGUGUUACAAUAACAAUUUUGAAUAUGAAACUUCGAGCAACUUGUUCCAGAUGUCCAAGUCUGCAAUUCUUGGCUCCUUUUCUUUAACCCGACUGGCGAGAGAUGUGGUUGUCAUUAAGGCUGUUAUACAUUUUGUGAAAGAAAAUCCAAAAUAUUAAAAACAUGGAAAUUGCAACAAAGAAAGGGUGUUAUGUCCGAAAUUACAAGUAAAA